UUUAGACGAAGGAGAAGACAACUUUACAGAUAGCAAGGCGGUAUUGCUUUCUGUGAACCGAUGCCUUGGUUCUAAUAUUUCUUCCUUAUCCCCCGUGAACAUCUGCCUGAACUCAUUUAUUUAACUGUUUUACAAUGGUGGCUAAAGACGCUGACCCGUCUCCUGUAUACGAUGUUGUUUUUGUGGUGGAAAAGACGGCAAAUCUUGUGCCAUACUUCGACUUGCUUAUGAAGUCGUACGUUCAGCCAACGCUUGAAUACUUCAACAAUGGCCCACCUGAUCCUACAGAUUAUGGUCAUGAUUACAGCUGCACAUUGUACUGUGUGGUGACCUUUAAUGCAGGGGACAUUGCCCCAGAACCUGCAGCUACCUGUACUUCUCCAACUACCAGUAUCCAUGAGUUAAUCACCUACUUGCAGAGUCUUGAACUUGUUGGUGGUGCUGGACAAGGAAGCAGCCAUAUUGCCGAGGGACUCAGUACAGCUCUUCAGGUGUUUGAUAACAUCAAGACCAUACGAUACACAGGAGUCACCACUCAGCGGCACUGCAUCCUUGUGUGCAAUUCACCACCAUAUCACAUGGGAGCAGAAGAGAGCAAUGAUUACCGUGGCUUCAACAGUGAACAGCUUGCCAGUAUGUUGGGAAAGCGUGGAAUUCACUUCUCCAUUAUCUCUCCUCGAAAGAUUCCAGUGCUUCAGAAAAUGUUUGAUGCUGCAGGAGCUGGGCAGGGAACAUAUACAGCUCAUCCUCAGAAAGACUACACCACAGACCCUAGACAUAUGGUUUUGCUUCAUGGAUAUCAGUUGCAAGAGCAGUCUCAUAGUCAGAAAGGUGAGGAAGACAAGCAGAGUGAGGUCAAGCUGACUGGACACAGUGUGCACAGUCCUGCCUCCUCACUGGCACCUCCUGAUGCGCAGUUCAAAGUCCCGUCCACAGUUAUUUCCAGCCAGCCCUCCAUUCAUCAAAACACAGUCUCCCCAAGCAUGAUGCCUCCAAACAUUCAGGCACAGUUUAACCAGGUUAAUGCUUCUAUCAUACACCCUAGUCAACAUCCAUCCAAGCAGCCCCAAGGAAUUUCACCCCAGAUAUCGUCCUUGCUUGCCCAACAACAGCCACAGCAGGGAGUGCCACAACUUAGCGAAGCACAAGCAGCUGCAGUUCGUGCCAGCAUGAUGCCUAAAGGAGACAUUACAAACCAGCCAUACAUGACUCACCCGGGAGGCAUGUCUCAGUCACCCAUGAUGGGUAUGGGAGGCACUAUGGCCAUGUCCACCCAAGGAAUGAUGACUGCUCCUGUUGCACAGGUGGCUAUGAUCUCACCAGCUUCAGUGUUAGCACAACAGCAUUCACAACAGCAGCAGCAACAACAACAACUUCUACAGCAACAACAGCACCAGCAACAAAUGAGUGUGGGCACCUCUCUCCCCAUGUCUACCCAGCCCGUGGGGAUGUCCAUGAGUCAGCAGCCGUUUCAAACUAUGACCAAUAUGACCAUGCGACCUCCUGGUCCCCAGCAGGCUGUAAAUCCCAAUUUUCCUUCAGGAAUGGCAGUCAGUUCAGGUGCAAGCAGUGUUUCUGUGGUCAGUAAUGUUGGGCCUGGAGGGACUGUCGUGACCACAGAUGCAAGGCAGUCACUGCCUCCACCAAUGCGGGACCGCAAGAUAGUGUGGACAGGUGCCCUUGAAUACCAUGAAAAAACCAAGACAGCUCAGCAGCAAAGAAUAACAUGGCUUUUGACUUGUCGGAUAUCCAUUGCUACCAAUGAGCCAGACUUGUCGACAGUCAACUGGCCAGAGAAGCUGUCACUACAGCUUCUUCCUCAGAAUAUGCUCUCAGAACUUCAGGCUUUGUGUCGGAAUUCUCGCCAGGUUGCUUUUCAUUUCUCCAAUACUGAUCAGGAUGCCCUCAGAAAUCUCCACAAACUUAUGGGAACUGGAUUUGCUGGGUGCGUCCACUUUCCACCACAGUCAGCAUCGGAAACUCGCAUCAUCCUUCUUUUGUUCAGUGCCAAGAAACGAGCAUUCAUUGGUCUCAUUCCCAAUGAUCAGAGUGCAUUUGUGCAAGGAAUCAAAACAGUGCUGACCCAGCAUAAGCAGAGAGCACAGCCCAAGCUACUUAACCAGUUGCAUCUGGGUCUGGCACAGCCAGCUAUGUCCUCCCUGGGCCUUGUUCACAAGCAGAACAUGCCCCAAGGUCAGGGUGCUGUGGGUCUGGAUGCCAGUCCCCUUACUGGUGGCCAGGCAGCCAUGGUCACUGCCACAGCAGGUCCAACAGGUGUGGGGGGACCAGCACAGGCCAUGCUCAGCCCACAAGGACCUGGUGCUGCACCGAACAUGCAGCUGAUAGAUCGCAAUCUGCAAGCUGCCAAGCAGCGGGAGCUACAGUUUCAGCAACAAAAAACUCAGCAACAACAGCAGCAGCAAGUGGCUGCUGACCAAAAGAAUCUGACCAUGGCACGACAACAGCAGCAGCAACAACAACAGUUUAUUGAUCAUGACAUGCAUUACCCAGGCCAUCCAUAUAUGUAUCAUCAUGGUAUGUCAUUUACCUUAUUCUCAGCCCAGCAGCAGCAGCAGCUGCGUCAGCAGGGUUUGGCAGCUCAGCGCAUGCCUCUUCAGUCUGUACAGCAGCCCAAUGCACAGCUUCGUCACUUGUUAAUCAGUCAGCAGCAGCAGCAGCAACAACAAAUGCGUCAGCAGUUGCUUAUGCAGCAUGGGAGAGCACCUGUACCACAAACACAGCAAGGAGUCAUGGGACCUGGUAAUGCAGCACCUUUGCAGGCUAUGACAAUGGCACAGAUGAGUGGACAGGGAACCCAGAGUUAUGAUGAUUUUGCUUUUACAGACCUUGUGUAAUGUGAUUUUUGGGGUGGUGGUUCUGCAUGGCACACUAAAUGAACUGAUCUUUGAGUAGGGUGAAAAAAUGGAAGUGUUUUCCAUGUUAAACUGCUCGAGAGAGUGAAAUAAAUUGUGUAGCAGUGAAAUAAACUUGUGCAUUGGA